CCCAUGUUUGACCUAGUUGCGUGAUAUCUCAUAACCAGUACGAGUAAAGAACAUGGCCGAGUCAGACGUUUCCGAGUUGACUUGGUCAAAAGUUUAUUACUCUACCGAGGAAGUGGUGGAGAAAUUCAGUCUUCCUUUCAUUGUUAAAGUGGCAGAAGGUUUUUACGGCGAAAGGGAUUAUGAAUCGUUUUCUUCAGAUGACAUAUUAAAAAUCUAUGCUAAAAAGUCGCUUCAGAAGGUGGAGGCCCGUGUACCCGGAAGUUCUGAAAAUGUCAGCAUACCUUUAGCUUACACCGGGGCGGUAAAGAUUUUACCUUUAAUGGGCGAACAUCAUAUCUAUUCGACGAUCGGGGAAGCAAUAGACGAGGAAAUGCCUUCGUUUCUGAAAAUUGGGAAACCCAUAUCUCCUCCACAACGAUUGGGGCAUAACGUGCGCACAGGGACUAUUUUACAAAUUGAUAAGAUUGAAAAGAGGAUGACUCCCAAGGGUAUUCAAGAAUUUGUCCUGUGUCAUGGAGAUGGCAGAGACUUAUGUCUCCCUAGAGACUUUGAAGGUGAUUUCACCGUAGUACCAGACACGCAGCAUUACAGACUAAGUGAUGUCAUUAACCAGAAACCGUUACCUUGCAGGAUAAAGAUCGUCGGUGGACGAGAGAGGUUGGCUCUGUCAAAAGACGUGCAAGAAGGAAUUAGCAACCUGGAAGACUUUUCCGGGGAAUUCACCCUGAUAAAAUUAUUCAUGCAAGAAGUUUUAGUCGCCAGUACACAGAUUCACGAAGAAGGAUGCCCAAAACAGUCUUUGAUCUCAAAAAAGAACAUAACAUUAAUUCCUCUCUCUCCGGUGUCAUUAAACGUCAGUUUCUUUGUAGCAGAAGAAAGUCCAGAUUAUCAUAGAAUUAUUGUGAAAAGUUUUGGAACGGAGAUCGACGUCAGUCAGGUUGAUGACGAUGAGGCAUACAUUGAAUAUGUGACAAAACCGCGUAGUCGCGUCUAUUCUGAUUCGGCUUUGAACCCGCCAACAGUACCACCCCGUUCACAUACUGGAGACGGGUAUAUGCCAAUUAUCGCAGAGUCCCAGGGAGAUGAAAUGGAUUCCGACUCUGGAGAUGGCUACGAGGAAAUUGACGACGACGACUUGGAAGAAUUAAAAGCGAGUCGGGCCCGAAGAGAAGCUCGUCAAGUACUUUUUGAAGGCGAAGAGGAUCAGCAUGGAUACUUGAUUCCAAAAGUGGACGACCAGAAUGAAUCUAAUGAUUCUGAAGAUGGUCAGGGAAACCCCACCAAGAAAAAGCAAAAAGCCCCUAACCUGAAGAAAGCCUUAGGUACUGUUCGAGGUUUUGGAAAAUCGGUUAUUGCCACCCUCCAUCAACACUACGCUGUCUUUGGCGGCCAUCAGCACCACUCUGGCAGUGGCGCCUUGAAGACGAUACCCGCGGAACCACCCCAGCGACCACCAAAACCAGCUAGACUUAGGGAAAGGGUGCCCAACGCUGUGCCGUGUCUGCCUUACCCAGAGGGAAAUGGAUUAUCGGGCGAGCAUUUGGAUGACGAAACACCGCCUCCGAUUAUACCGAGAACGCCAAAAACACCGACAGCUGCUAGUCCCAAAACCCACCAAUUUUCUCCAACGUCAAAAGAGUUCUGGUUUCCGUCGGGGCGUCAGAAUCAGGAACAAAAUCUUCACCAGAAUUCUAAAACGAAAGGCGAUGCAGAUGGCUUAGAUUAUGAACUACUUGAUGAAAACGUAAUGACUGAAUUAAGAGCGAAAUCAAAGGCAAACGUAAUGACUGAAUCAAAACCAGUGGUUUUUAGUGCUCCUCCAUCCCGUUCGAAAAGCGAAAAACCUAGACCAGCGUUGAAGCCAAAACCUAAGCCUAAACCAAAUAGGCAACUUUCAGACAAUUCUCUAUUAGGUGACAAAAGAGAAGACAUAAGCACCACAACCUCCAGAGAAUCAAAAGUCGUUCCAACUGCCACAAUAUCGCCUUCUCAGCAUAUAGCACGUGCUGAGGCCAUGACCACAACAGCAAGCGUAAAACCGACAGUAUUGGCUGCGAUCCUACAAACGCGUUACCAGAAUGAAGAACAUGAAAAUACACCAUCACAGAUGGCAGAACACAUUCAACAGCACAGGCAACAAGAGCAUCAUCAGAGCCUGGUCCACGAACUGUCACAAACACUUGUUUCUAGUGUCAAGUUGAAACAAGAAUUAGAUUCGCAAGUACAGCUACGACAGCGUGAAGAACCACACCAAUCACAAUCUCCCUCCUUUGACGAGCUGAGGAAAUCGCUGCCCUAUCCCAAUAAAGUGACAUCAGACGACUCUGCUCCAUCAAUCAAAGAGUAUGGUGAUGUCCCCAGCGACCUCUCGAUGCUAACUGUGGACGGAUUGGAAGCUGUCCUGCAGGUUUAUGGCCUCCACAACGCGGCCAAGAUAUGCAAGGUGAACGAGGUGGAUGGUGCGCUCUUCAUGCUACUCACAGACAAUAUUUUGAAAGAGGAUCCUUUCAACCUUAAGCCUUUCGAUAUUCUGAAAAUUCAGAAUAUUAAAAGAGGCUGGAAACCAAAACAAUCAGCACCAUCAGCGAAAUCAUUCAGAUCUUAAGACAGGCACGUUUGGCUUUUUUUUUUGACUCCUCGGACAUUUUUUAAGCAAGAGAGCUCAAUCAUAAAGAUCAGACAGAACUAUAACUAAGCAUGAGGCAAAACUUUGUGUGCUAGGCCUAUAAUGUUGUUAUUUUUGUUGAAAUAUUUUUGAAAUUUUGCAAGGAUUUCGAACUUAGUUCGUUUCUAGUCUGUGAUGGAGAGGGGGGGAUGCUUAUGUAUCUUGCUAUCGAAACAAAUGGGUCACAACUGUCUGUCAUGAAUGGUGGUAAAUAUCGAUCGUGAUUUCUUAAAAAUUAUCGUUACAUCAAUUUUGAAAUCGAGUCUUUUGUAUCGAGCAAUUUACCCUAGAAACAUAUCCUAGAAAACUAUGGUUUUUGCUAUUAUUUGCCAUAAUACUGCAUUAUUUUUGCAUAAUAUGUGUUACAUCAUUAACGGUGGCUUUUAGUGAUUUUAAUUAUUAAAAUAACUUGAUAAUCACAUGGACUCAGAGGCGUGGAAGUUUUUGAAAUUAUCCCUUCAUAUGUUCAAGAAAGUAACAUUUCACUUAUAAAUGAUCAUGUAUUGGAUAUAUCAGAGAAAAGACUGGGGAAGGCCACAGGGCCUUUUAAAAUAGAAAGAACUGGACGUUCUAUCGUAUCGAAGACUUGCAGUAAGAAAUGAACCCAAGGGUGUUUAAAUGCUAUUCCGUCGAAAAAAAAAAUUAAAUUUCUCUAAAUAAAUCUCUAAAUAAAUCUCUAAAUAAAUAAAUAAAUAGACCUAA